AUUGUUAUUUCGGUUGUCACUAUUCUGCAAUUCAUUUGUAUGAACAAGGGUUAUGUGAACAAGUGUAUUUUAUUAGGUGCAACAUGGACUUAUAAGUCCCUGUAAACAAACAGGUAGAGAUUCGGGACUUAUAAAUCCCUGUAAACAAACAUGUAUGGACUUAUGACUUAUAAGUUGGGACUUUAAAAAAUCCUAGGACUUAUGAAACAAACAGGCCUAAGUAGUACAGCGUAUAAAUUCUAAUAGCAUGCUUGAUUGCUUCCCUUGUCGAUCAACUAGAAGAUCUCUCACAUUCAUGAUGGCGAGAUUCGCCAGUCUAGCCUUCCUUUCCCUGAUCUCUCAUCUACUGCUGCGCUCCUGUGCAUCCGCUGCAGCACCGUCGGCACACACGCUGGGCACCGGGUCAUCCCUGUCGGUGGAAGACCACGAGCGGCCGUUCCUGGUGUCACCGGACGCCACCUUCUCCUGCGGCUUCCUCCAGGCCGGCGACAACGCCUUCUACUUCUCCGUCUGGUUCACCGCCGCCAAGAACCGGACCGCCGUCUGGACGGCCAACCCUGGCACCCCGGUGAACGGCCGGCUUUCCAGUAUAUCCUUCAGCCCCGAAGGCCGACUGGCCCUCGCCGACGCCAACGGGACAAGUGUGUGGAACAGCAAGACUGGCGGCAACAAGCACCUCACCGUCUCCCUCCGCGACACCGGAAAUCUUCUCAUCGCCGACCCGUCCACCGGCCGCGCCGUCUGGGAGAGCUUUGACUGGCCGACGGACACUCUGCUCCCGUCGCAGACGCUGUCCAAGGACAAGAAGCUCGUCGCCGGCUACUACGCCCUCUACUACGACAACGACAACGUGCUGCGGCUCCUGUACGACGGCCCGGAGAUCGCCAGCAUCUACUGGCCGAACCCGGACCAUAACGUGUUCGACAACGGCCGGACAAACUACAACAGCUCUCGGGCCGGCGUCCUCGACGACACCGGCGUGUUCCUCUCCAGCGACAACCUGCGAGUCGAGGCCUCUGACCUGGGCGCCGCCGGCGUCAAGAGACGGUUAACUAUCGAGCAAGACGGAAACGUGAGGAUCUACAGCCUGAACGCGGCCGGGGGCUGGACGGUCACGUGGACGGCGGUAAAGCAGCCGUGCUCCGUGCACGGGCUGUGCGGCAAGAACGCCCUCUGCGAGUACCAACCGUCCCUCCGAUGCUCGUGCGCGCCGGGGUACGAGAUGGCCAACCGCCGCGACUGGAGAAAUGGCUGCAAGCCGGCGUUCAGCCUCCCCGCCGGCACCACAAACUGCAGCGAAGCUGCGGCGUCGGAGCGGUACACGUUCGUCCAGGUGGCAGCGACCGACUUCUAUGGCUACGACCUCGGCUUCAACCAGUCCGUCACCUUCGAAUACUGCAAGAGCAUGUGCUUGAAGAUGUGCUCCUGCGCCGCCUUCGCCUACAGGUUGGAUGGCCGGGGCAAUUGCUUCCCGAAAGGCGUCCUGUUCAACGGUUACACGUCGCCGGCGUUCCCCGGAAGCAUAUAUCUCAAGGUGCGCAGCGAUCUCAACCUCAACGCCUCGGCGCCGCGGCUGUCGGUACACGCCACGGGCCUCGCCUGCAAUCGUAACGGUUCUCGUACCGCCAUCAUCCCGCGAUACGCGGACACGUACGGGACACCUAGCGGCGGCACAAAAUGGUCCUACCUUUUUGGGUUCGCCGCGGUGCUUGGAUUUCUCGAGCUCCUCUUCGUCGCCACGGCGUGGUGGUUCCUGUCCAGCCAGGAGAGCAUACCCAGCCCGAUGCAGGCAGGCUACAGGCUGGUCAUGGCGACCCAAUUCAGGAGGUUCACGUACCGGGAGCUCAAGAACGCCACUGGGAACUUCAACGAGGAGCUCGGCCGCGGAGGCUCCGGCGUGGUGUACCGUGGCGUGCUUGAUAAGACCACCGUGGUGGCCGUCAAGAGGCUGACAAAUGUGGUGCAGGGCGAGGAGGAGUUCUGGGCGGAGAUGACGGUGUUCGGGAGGAUCAACCACAUAAACCUGGUGAGAAUCUGGGGGUUCUGCUCCGAGGGACAGCACAAGCUCCUGGUCUACGAGUACGUGGAGAAUGAGUCGCUGGACAGGCACCUGUUUGGCAAGGACAUGGGCAAGUCACUCGCGUGGAGCGAGCGGUUUAAGAUCGCGCUGGGCGUGGCCAGGGGCCUAGCUUACCUUCACCAUGAGUGCCUCGAGUGGGUCAUCCACUGUGACGUCAAGCCGGAGAAUAUCCUGCUCACGCGUGACCUCGACGCAAAGAUCGCCGACUUUGGGCUGGCCAAGCUGUCCGGGAGAAACGCUGCCGGCAAUGGCGACAACGUCGGCACCGGCGUGCAGCUCUCCCACAUGAGGGGGACGGCGGGGUACAUGGCACCGGAAUGGGCGUUGGGCCUGCCGGUAGACGCCAAGGUCGACGUGUACAGUUACGGCAUAGUGCUUCUAGAGAUUGUGAUUGGGAGCAGGAUUUCUGACCAGACGACCACGGAUGGCGGGGAGCGACUGGAGAUGUGGCAGAUCGCGCAGGCGCUGAAGCAGGUGGUGGCGAGUGGAGACAUCAUGUCAUUAGUGGAUAGCAGGCUGAACGGGCAGUUCAACCCUCGGCAGGCCAUGGAAAUGGUGAAGAUCUCCUUGUCGUGCAUGGAGGAGAGGAACAACAGGCCGACCAUGGAUGACAUCUCCAAAGCUCUUACAGCGUGCGAUGACGAGGACGAGCACCCUGCGUACUUGUCGUGACUGCGGUUUCAUGCUUGAUUGUCGAUUCCCACGGCUCUAUUGUUGUCGUGAUGUUCUCGCUAUAUUGUUGUACCGUGUAAACUAAAGAGUCAACUACACGGUAGUGCUAAAACUUGGUGCAAACUGUCAUUCUAGUGCUAGAACUUGCGACAUACAUUAGAGUAUCUUC